AUGGCCAGCAAGACCUUCAACGUCGGUGUCGUGGGCUACGGCCUCUCCGCCAAAGUCUUCCACAUCCCCUUCAUCACCACAACCCCCGGCCUCAAGCUGCACUCCAUCGUCCAGCGCUCCCCCAAGCCCAACGACUCCGCCCCCGCCGACUACCCCGACCUCAAGCACUACACCUCCUCCGACGACCUCAUCGCCGACGCCGACGUCGAUGUCAUCGUCGUCACCACCCCGCCCGACAACCACUUCGACCUCACCAAGAAGGCCCUCGAGGCCGGCAAGCACGUGCUGACCGAGAAGCCCUUCGUCCCCACCUCCGCCGAGGCCCAGAAGCUCGCCGACGUUGCCAAAUCAUCCGGCAAGCUCAUCUGCGUGUACCAGAACCGCCGCUGGGACGCCGACUUCCUGCUGGCCAAGCACCUCAUCCAGACGGGCGCCCUGGGCCGCGUGCUCGAGUUCAACACGCACUUCGACCGCUACCGCGCCGACGCCCCGACCAACUGGAAGGGCCAGCUGGGCAUCUCCAAGGGCGGCAGCGCCCUGUUCGAUCUGGGCACCCACCUCAUCGACCAGGCCUACGUGCUCUUCGGCCUGCCCCGGUCCGUCCACGGCCGCCUCCUCAACCAGCGCGAGGGCCGCCCCGAGUUCGAGACCCCCGACGCCGUCGUCGCCCAGCUGACCUACCCGGACGGCCUCAUCGUCAACGUCAACAUCAGCGCCCUCAGCGCAGAGGUCGACCAGCUGCGCUACUGGGUCCGCGGCACAAAGGGCAGCUUCCGCAAGUUCCACCUCGACCCCCAGGAGGACUACCUGCGCGCCGGCGGCAAGCCCACCGACGCGGGCUACGGCGUCGAGAGCGUCGACCGCAGCAGCCUGACCGCCGUCGACGAGGCCACCGGCAAGUCCAGCCAGGUGCCUGUGCCUGAGCUCGCGCCCGAGACAUACCGCACCUUUUUCAGCGAGUUUGCCAAGGCUUUGCAGAGCGGCAAGGCCGAGGAUGUUCCUGUCAAGGCUGAGCAGUCGCGGGAUGUGCUGAGGAUCAUUGAGGGCGUUUUGGAGAGCGCAAAGACGGGCAAGGACAUUGUUCUUGCUUAA